AUGGACAAAGAGGAUCAACAAGUGGGCAAAAGCAGGCAGAGCGGCCAAGAAAGGGAAAGAGGGCGACUUCAGAUAAUACCGUGCACAGUGUCUCAGCUCCUGUCCACUGCAGAAGUCAAUGGUGCUUUCCGUAUUGGCGACUUGGAGCUCAACCAGAUAUCUGUAGUGGGCGUUGUCAGAAGAUGUGUUCCUUCAGAGGUCAAAAUCCAGUACUCUGUGGAUGACAUGACUGGUCCACCUAUAGACGUGACACAGUGGGUGAAUUCAGAGGCUCCAGGUGUGCCGUGCAGUUCAGAUGUCCUUGGACAAUAUGUGAAGGUUAUAGGAAGUCUCAGGAACAUUAAGGGACAGAGAUCACUGCUGGCAGGGAACGUCCGUCAUGUUGAGGAUCUCAAUGAAAUCACAUCCCACAUGUUGGAAGUUGUCCAAGCCCAUAUGCAGUGUUCCAGAAAUGCUCAUGAAAGGGUAUGGACGGUGAUAAAGAGUUGCUCCCUCCAAGAUGGCAUCAGUUUCAUGGACUUGAGCAUGGAGCUUGGGUUCCUCAACAGGACAUCCAUCAGAAGGACCUUGCAGUUUCUCCUCCAUGAAGGUCUCAUCUAUUCAACUAUUGAUGAGGACCACUUCAAGUCCAUUUGA